AUGUCAGACGAAUACAUGAUCAAGCCCUCGACGGAGGCUCCGUGCACAGACGCCUCGUCAUGGCCAUUGUUGCUCAAGAACUACGACCAGCUGCUGGUGCGUUCUGCACACUACACGCCUAUCCCGGCGGGAUGUGCGCCACAGAAGCGUCCGAUCGAGUCGUACGUGCGUAGUGGUAUCAUAAAUUUGGACAAGCCAUCGAACCCAUCGUCGCACGAGGUGGUUGCGUGGAUCAAGAGAAUCCUGAGAGUGGAGAAAACAGGACACUCGGGCACGUUGGACCCCAAGGUGACGGGCUGCUUGAUUGUGUGCAUCGACCGGGCCACGAGACUGGUGAAGUCGCAGCAGGGCGCCGGUAAGGAGUACGUGUGCAUUGUCAGAUUGCACUCGGCGCUCGAGGACGCCAAGGACAUGGGGCGCUCGUUGGAGAACCUCACGGGUGCGUUGUUCCAGAGACCUCCUUUGAUCUCUGCGGUCAAGAGACAGCUCAGAGUGAGAACGAUCUACGACAGCAAGUUGUUUGAGUUCGACAACGAGAGAGGCUUGGGUGUGUUCUGGGCCUCGUGCGAGGCCGGAACCUACAUGAGAACGCUGUGUGUCCACCUGGGCAUGCUGCUCGGUGUCGGAGGCCACAUGCAGGAGUUGAGAAGAGUGAGAUCCGGGGCCUUGUGCGAGAACGACAACCUCGUCACCCUACACGACGUCAUGGACGCCCAGUGGGUCUACGACAACUCCAGAGACGAGAGCUACUUGAGAAGAAUCAUCAUGCCUUUGGAGACCUUGCUUGUCGGCUACAAGAGGAUUGUCGUCAAGGACUCUGCCGUCAACGCCGUCUGCUACGGUGCCAAGCUGAUGAUCCCAGGGUUGUUGAGGUACGAGAAGGGCAUCGAGCUCUACGACGAGGUUGUGCUCAUGACCACCAAGGGCGAGGCCAUUGCCAUCGGCAUUGCCCAGAUGUCCACCGUCGACUUGACUUCCUGCGACCACGGCGUUGUUGCCACGGUGAAGAGAUGUAUCAUGGAGAGAGACACCUACCCAAGAAGAUGGGGUCUCGGUCCCGUUGCCUUGAGAAAGAAGCAGAUGAAGUCCGACGGCAAGUUGGACAAGUUCGGCCGUCCUAACGAGAACACCCCGGACACCUGGAAGAAGGAGUACGUCAGCCACGAGGACGUGCAGGCUCCUGCCGUUCCGGAGGACAAGCUCAAGGCCCCAGAGGUGCAGAAGUCCAAGGGCUCUCUCUUCGACAAGGACGCAGCCAAGGAGCACAGCAAGAACGCUGCUGCCCACAGCGACGCCGAGGACGACGAGAAGAAGGAAAAGAAGGAAAAGAAGGAAAAGAAAGACAAGAAGGACAAGAAGGAAAAGAAGGACAAGAAGAGAAAGGCCGACGACGAGGGCGAGAAGGACGAGAAGAAGAAGAAGAAGAAGUCCAAGAAGGACUGA